AUGGCACGGACAAAAGUUAUUUUGAAAGUCCUAUUUACGCUCUGCGUUUGGUCCUUUGUGAUAAUAGGCGUGUUCAAAAUGCACGGUACCAACAUUGUGCCUCAAGAGUAUGUUUCCGUACCCUUGAGCGGUCGCAUACUGCUACAAAAGGAUGUCCUAAGGUACGCCGAGACGACUUCGACAACAACAGACCGUUUCGAUCCGUCCGAAAUACUGAUAGACAAUAGAACCGCUAUGGACGAUGAUCAACUUGUGAGGGAUGUUGAAUCUAGGAUACCGUCGCUACCGAUAGCAUACUGGAGUAAAAACAAGAAUUUUCUCCAACAGAAAUCAUCCACGUGUGCAAAGUACCCAUCGAUAUUUGAGCUGGAAUUCAAUAACAUAUACUGGCAAACGAUGCGGACCAGUAAUGGGACAUUCCAACUAUUCGGGGCAUACUACGACAUUCGAAAGAAUUCACUCUUGGGCCCCACAGUACGAAUUCUAGGAAUGAUUGAUCGCAUCGAACCGAAAGUAAAAACUUACUGUCAGUUCUGGUUCGACGGCCAAAAGGAACCAUUCAUCGUCAAGACUUACGAGUACAAGUACAUCUGGUACAACAAAUGGGGUAACUACAAACAAGGCAUCUACCAACCAUAUUUGAUCGCAUGUCAAAUACCUAAACCCUUCCACGGUGUUGUGCCCAGUUCAGUGUCGAUGGUGGAAAAGGAGUGUGAUACAGCCACAAACAAUUUAAGAGUUAUAUACAAUCGACCCCCUGAUGACCAGAAAAAAGGUUUUGCGGUCUGCGUCAAGGGAUUGGACUUCCUGUACGACGAUUUGUCGGUGCGUCUAAUCGAGUGGAUAGAACUCUUGAACAUGCUAGGCGCUGACAAAAUAUUCUUCUACAAUCUACAAGUACAUCCAAAUAUUUCAAAGGUGCUAAAUCACUACGAGCAAGAAGGAAAAGUGAGGGUUAUACCCCUGACCUUGCCCGGCGGACAACCUAACGUGCCGGGUUUUCAGCAUCUCUACCUAACCAAAAAGACAAACCACAAGCGGCAGAAUGAAGUGAUACCCUACAACGAUUGUUUGUACAAGAAUCUGUAUCUUUACGAUUAUAUUGCGCUGCUGGACAUAGACGAAGUUAUAAUGCCGAAGGGCAAUUUUGUUUUAUGGUCGGAACUAAUGGCUAAAGUUGUUCCAGAUUCCCUUAAAGUUCGGCCAGAGGGAUAUCACAGUUUCAAUUUUCGCAACGUGUACUUCCUGGAUGACCAGCAGCAUGAACAUGGUUGGCACAAGGACAUACCGAAAUAUAUGCACAUGCUGCAGCACGUCUACCGGGCGAAGAACUACACGAAACCAAACCAGUAUGUCAAAUGUUUUCACAAUCCCGAGAAGGUGCUGACACUGCACAAUCAUUUCCCAUUGGCAUGUCUGGGAGGUGUGUGCAAAUCCUAUCCCGUAGAUACUAAAGAUGCCCACUUGCAACACUAUCGGGCGGACUGUGUCAACACCCUAAAGAAGUCUUGCGAAGAAUUCAGGGAAAACUCCGAGGAGGACAAAACCAUAUGGAAGUACAAGGAUGAAUUGAUACGACGAACCAUUAAAGCAUUAGACACGCUGGGCUUCUUCCGACGCUCUUCCGGCACCUACGGCAGUGGUUAUGGGUCAACAACACACUCUUCAGAACGGUGAUUACCAAGUUCCUGGUGGUCACUGACCGUGCCAGCAUGGUGGGGCAUUCUACGCGGGGGUAAACAACUACUUAGU